UCAUGGCAAAAUAAUUAUCAGCUUCUUUUUGAUGCCUAUUUAUUUAAUAGGUGGUUUUGUGCUACUUAUAUUGGGCGAUGUAUCCCAUCUUAAUUUGCCACGUUUAAAAGCUUUAAGUGCUCGAUUAUUGAUUCCUUCUAUGGUAUUAUUGGUUAUUAGACGGUGGUUGGGUGCUGAAGUUGAAUGA